UGAUGAAGUGCCAGAUAGGGCGCUUAUGUGGAAAAAAGCACGUAUGCCAAAAGGGGAGGGCCAGCAGAUUGAUAAAAAUCUGGCUGAGAUAAACAAGAAAAUUGUAAGACCAUUUUUUCUAUGCUUAUUUCAUUUUUAAAAAAUCACACCUAACUUUUUUCUUUUCUGUUGGUAGGAUGCUUUAAUGGAAAAGCAGUUAAUUGGUGAAUUUAAACCAGCCGGAGCCAAUGAUGUGCUUGGUACCGUAUUGGAAACUCCGGAGCAUUCAGGUAGGGUUCGAGGGGUUGGAAACUUUAUACCUCCAACAAUGUUCUUCGAUCUGCCCAAAAAGAGAAGGAACCGAGUAACCAAAGAGGAGUUGUUGGCUCGUGAUCAGCAAAGGCAAGCGGAGUUCGAACAGAAAACGAAGGAAUUUGAAAUGCAGAUUGCUGAGUUGAGAGAAUUAAUUGCUGCAAAGAAUCUCCAAUCACCACUAUUGUCCGACAAAGCAAGCUGUCGAGGGGAAAAAGAACAAGAACAAGAAAAGAAUUUUUCUAAACCAGAAAUUGUAAAAGAAUUGGUGGCAGCUGAUGAAGAGGACGAAGAUGUCACUAUUGUUGAUCCUCCUCCUCCGGGAAAAUUGGGUCCGCGCAAAUGUGAGAUGGCGGUGGACAACAUUGAGAACAAGGUAGCGUUCGGUGUUGCUUAUGAGGAGGGAGGUGAAAUGAGUGCAACAAUUCAUGGAGUGCCUCUAAAAGCAGGAUUUAUUCGUGUCGGGGUGGAUGGAAGCAUCAAGGGAGAUGCUUUGGUUCCUGUGCCAGUAGUUGGUGAGAUAGAAACCGUCGACCAAGCUAUUGGCUCUCAUCUAGCAUGGCCUAAAGACAUGAUUAUUUUUAGCCCCACUGUUGAGAAAAAGAAAAAGGCAAAGGUGCCGGGUGAGCUGCAGAGAGUGCACGCCCUUUUUAAUUCUGUGAAGCCAAAGGAGGAUGUGCCUCCUCGCUUUAGGGUGUUGUACAAAUUUUCAAAAACUAUGAUGAAAGAAAGUGGCAGCUCGAUACCAGUUCCAUGUGAUGUUCAAGUCUUUGGAAUGGAAAGAACGAUAUAUCUACUCGAGGAGAAUAUAACUGCGCUGUUAGAGUUUAAUAUGAUUGGUCAAGCUGCAAUAUCAACAUAUAUGGCGUAUUUGCAUUCUGGGUUUAGGGACACACCGGGUAAAGACUUAUCAUCGUCGUUUGGAUUUCUUCAUCCAGCCACAUAUAUUCUGAAUGAUGAAUUUAACGCCUAUGUUGUGCAAAGGCUGAGAGAGGGAGUAAAUCGCAUGAACUUGAUGCCUUUUAAUUACAAUUUGCAUUGGAUUUUGGUCGUGAUUUGGGAAUCUGAAAUAUUCAUCCUCAAUUCAUUGCCUCAUUAUCCACAUCCUGAUGAACUAGAAAAGGCAUUAAUGAGAGCUGUUCGUGCUCAUAAUGCUGAGUUAGGACGGGUAAUCAAGAAUCCCAAAGUUAAAAACCUUCCAGGAUGCCCUAAACAACCAGGUGGCACAGAAUGUGGAUAUGCGGUCAUGCGAUUUAUGAAAGAUUUAGUUGAGGACCCGGACAUGAAACUUUUAGACAAGUGGGCUGCUAGGAGUCGCAAGACUUACUCUAAGGCGGACCUCGACAUUGUUCGGCUGGAGACACUGGAUUAUAUCCAGUCAAUUAUUGCUGCAAUUGGUUUUGGUAGUUUUGCAAUUUAUUUUGGUAGUUUUGCACUUGAUUUUGGUAGUGCUUCAAUUGGUUUUGGCAGUGGUUUGGUAUUUGGUAGUUUUGCAGAUUUGGUUUUGUAA